UUUCCGCGGAAACCAGUGUGGUAAAAUACCGAUUGAUAGAACAGCUGUUCAUGACGUGUUUUGUGGCUCGUUAAACAAAAAUAAUAAAUUUGUUUUCGUGUGGUGUAAAAAAAUUGGAUAAAUAUGAAAAAGAAGCCGGGCCACUUGUGGACAGCGAUUGCAGUAAUUGUUAUUGUUAUAUUAGCAGCAACAACAACAACAAAAACUGCAGCUUUAGAUGUGCAAAAUGCGAACAAAGAUACCAAAGAGAACACUGUGCAAACAAUUGCCACGCCAGAGAAUAAAACUACAAUUGUUAAUGCUACAAAUGUAAACAGCAGCAGCAAUGUUACAGCAAAUAGUAGUGGGAUUACCGCAAAUGUGACCACCCCUUCAGUUCCGCCUUUGAAUGCAACGGAGCCAUCGUUAAUCGAUUCCCAUGCUGUUGAACAGGAGCACAAUUCGUCGCUGUCGCUAUUCUUUGUAAUUUGUGUGAUAAUGCUGGGAAUACUUCUGAUCCACUCGAUGCUUCAAACCGGCUUUCAAUAUUUACCCGAAUCCAUAGUGGUUGUUUUUCUUGGAGCAUUCAUUGGACUCUCGCUGAAUGUGAUGUCUGGUGAAAACGGCAGCUGGAAACGGGAGGAGGUCUUCUCUCCAAUGGGUUUCUUUCUCGUUCUUCUGCCACCUAUCAUCUUCGAGUCUGGAUACAAUCUCCACAAAGGCAAUUUCUUCCAAAAUAUUGGCUCUAUUCUGGUGUUUGCUAUAUUUGGUACAACCAUUUCGGCCUUGGUAAUUGGCGCUGGGAUUUACUUAUUGGGAAUGGCUGAGGUUGCCUAUCGGCUGAAUUUUUCGGAAUCAUUUGCAUUUGGAUCACUUAUCUCAGCAGUGGAUCCCGUGGCCACUGUGGCUAUCUUCCAUGCCCUUGACGUGGAUCCCAUUUUGAACAUGUUGGUUUUCGGCGAAAGCAUAUUGAAUGAUGCGAUAUCGAUUGUGUUGACAGCAUCCAUCACAAUAAAUGCGAAUGCGGACGCAAACACAGGCGAAGCAAUGAUGAACGCUUUAAAGACAUUUUGCAUGAUGUUUUUUGCAUCGGCUGGAAUUGGCGUGAUAUUUGCACUGAUAUCAGCAUUACUGCUCAAGCACAUUGAUCUGCGGAAGCAUCCAUCUUUAGAGUUUGCCAUCAUGCUGAUGUUUACCUAUGCACCAUACGUUUUAGCCGAGGGAAUUCAUUUGAGUGGAAUUAUGGCCAUAUUAUUCUGUGGCAUCGUCAUGUCACAUUACACGCAUUUCAAUUUAUCGACUGUGACUCAGAUUACAAUGCAGCAGACAAUGCGUACUUUGGCGUUUAUUGCAGAGACCUGCGUAUUUGCUUAUCUGGGACUGGCUAUAUUUUCAUUUAAGCACCAGGUCGAGUUAUCCUUCGUCAUCUGGUCGAUUGUGCUGUGUCUCAUUGGACGCGCCUGUAACAUUUUCCCGCUAGCCUAUUUGGUCAACAAGUUUCGGGAGCACAAAAUCAACAAUAAAAUGCAGUUUAUUAUGUGGUUCUCAGGAUUAAGAGGUGCCAUUUCCUAUGCGCUGUCACUGCAUUUGCAUUUGGACAGCCAAGAAAAGCGACACGUCAUUAUUACAACGACUCUGAUAAUUGUACUAUUCACCACGCUCGUUCUGGGUGGAUCAACUAUGCCGCUGCUAAAGUAUCUUAAGCCUGGCAAGAAACGUCGAGCACGUGGAUCUGUGCGCUCAUCGAAUGGAAGUUCGUAUACACGUUCUACGAGUCGAAAGCGCAGCAAGUCCAUAUCUCUCUCAAAGACUAGGGAAUGGGGCCAAGCCAUCGAUUCCGAGCAUUUGUCUGAACUAACUGAGGAGGAGGAUGUCUCGUUUACGCAAGCUCGAGAUCGCUUCGGCCGCUUGGAUCGAAAGUACUUUAUUCCAUUUUUCACACGUCGAUUCAACAGUCAGGAGCUUAAUGAGUGCAAGUCCCAAAUGGCUGAUUUGACUAACAAGUGGUAUCAGGCGAUACGCAUUAGUCCUCUAGAUUCUGAUGAAUCAGAUGAUGAGAUGGGUCUAUCGGCCAGCACAAGUCAGAGUAAUCUGACCCGAUCUUAAAUUUAGCGGCUUAUCAACUUAGUAACUAUCUAUGUAAAAGCAUCUAAGUGGCCAAAAUUCAUACAUAGUCAUAGAAUGCAUAGUGAGGCCUACUAACUACAUACCUUAAAAUGUAUGUACGUAUGUAUUAUUACAAAAGUGUUAAAGUGCAAUUGUUUUUGGGUAGGAAAAUGAAUACUGUCUCUACACUCUAAAUUGUAUUAUGUAUUAUUUUA